AUGUCAUCGAACGCUAUCAUCGCGGGCUUAAAGCAAGGCAACUCCAUGGAAAUGGCCACGAUCGAGGAAGUGAAGGCGGGUAUGACCUCUGUUCUUGAUGGGAUGCUCAGGGAAUGCUUCAAUCGCAGCGAUGGGCUGAGCGAGCUGACUGAGAGGCUACAAUUAGAAGAUCCGAGCGCGACGGCGGCGAACAUCACGGCAGAGCAGCGCUUGCAUCUCAAGAAGGCCAUCAAAGACGCUAUCCGGAACUGCGAGGAGGCUAUUAGCGUCAAUGAUCGCAAAGAGGACAGGGAAAUCGAACAAGCGACAACAGCGUUCAAAGCUGAAAAAAAGAUGCUUAACAUUCUCCGCGAUUAUUCGAAAAGCCAUGCAAGAAUAUAUCAUAGGAAACGUGAUUGGAUGGACACCAUAUCUACGAGCGCCAGCUUCUACUCUUCGCUCAAAGAACAACUUUCGGAAGAAUCCGAACUCAUCUGCGACUUUGAAGAUGACUACGAAGACGCAAAAGCAGACUUCAAAGCUAGAGAGGCCGUCCAGUUUGAAGAGAUAGCGCAAAGAUAUCAGAAGGAGGAGGAUGCAUUCAAGAAGCAGAUCACGAGUUUGGAGCGCAUCGCCAUUAUCGCAAAUAUCGAUCUCAAAGCAACAAGCACAGACGAGACAGCGAACCCUUUCGGUGGACAUCUUGACGUUGCGCUUGACAGCUGUACUCAGGAACGUCCGCUGCUCUCCUUUGCAACCUCAUCCUUGAUCUUCAACGGUAAGGACUUUGUGAGGCUUUUGCCCAGGAUGUCCAAGAUGGGUUUGAUCAGUACAGUAAGUAACGCAUAUGGCUUACCAACAUUGACACACAUCUCUUGCAAGAGCGUCGCGUCUACUAUCGAGAUAUGCCCUCGCACCGCUGUUCAGAAAGACCGCAUACUAACAGAACAACAGAUUCGAAAGCGCAACCAAGAACGCAAAGACAAGAAGAAAGCAGUCCGUCAGACCGCACAGCGGAAUGAACAGCUCGAAGCCGACACCAACCAGUCACAUGUCGAACCCUUGACAUCUACCCCAACGCAGCACCUCCCCUUCACAGGCCCAACACGAUUCUUCUCCCUCCGCCGCAAACGCGGCGUAAGCAUCGGCAUGUCCACGUACGAGCAACUCCCAGACGGCGUAGAACCCGCACUCAUCGACCACUCCUGCCACCUAAUGCAACGUCCCAGCGGAGAAGAACUACCCCAUAAAUCCCCCUUCGCCACACCUCCACCCGCCGAUGCAGCCGCAGCCCCAAACCAAGACACCAGCCCUAAAACCUGGCUCAGCCGCGUAGGCGGCUCCCUCCGCCGCAAGCCAAGUGGCAUACGCUCAGCCUUCUCCUACACACUACCCCGGAACUGGAAGACCAACAACAACAACAACAACAACAGCACCAGUGUCAGCGCAAAAGCCCUCGCAGAAACAGCGCACGAGUACAAAAAGUCCCAAAUCCAACGUCUCGAUCCCAGCGCCAUCGACGCCGCCAACGACGACGGGCGUGGGAGAAGCCCCCUGCCUAACCACUGGCGCGAGCAAUCCAGUUCCUCGGUCUCACAGUCACGCGAUGGAGUUGUGAACAGGAUGAGCGAUACUACUAAUACUACCAUGGAAGGAAGUGAGAUGGGGGAUUGGAUUGAUCCAGAUGAAGAGAGGAGGGAGCAGGAGUUUGAGGACUGGAUAGUGCAUAAUAGAUUGUUUGUUGAGGGGGAGGGGCUUGAUGUGGCGAGUAGGCGGGUGUCGAGGGUGAGCGCGCUGUCGAAGAGGAGGUAUAGUGAUUAUUAG